UAUUAUUACAGUAUUUUUUAUUUAAAAAAACAUUUAGAUAUUUAUCAUAUAUGUAUUGAUUAGGGCCGGGGGUGGGAAUGGGUUGAUAUAAUGGUUGUCCAUAAAUGUAAUUUGUGUCGAAGUAAUCGAUUGUUUUCCUAUAGACGACACCUAAUCAAACACAACUGGGAAGUACACUAUCAGUGCAAUUGGUGUCAGAGACAGUUCAACAGUUUAUCGGGUCUUGAAAUACAUUUCAAUGUUGUUCACGGAGGACACGCCAGUGGUCAACAUAAAUGUAAUUAUGAAAAGUGUGGCAAAAGUUUUAAAAAAUUGAAACAUUUAAGACAGCAUAUGACAGCUGAUCAUUAUAGUGAUGAUGACGAUGAUGAUGAUGAUGAUGAUAAUGUUGUUGAUGGUGAUGAUAGUCAAUCACCAUCAGUACAAUCACUGCAACCAUCACCACCAAUAGCACCGUUAUCUCCCACAAGCUGUCGAUUUUGUUUAGUACGGAUGGGAAGCAAAAAGAAACUGAAGAAACAUGAACGACAAGCCCAUCACUGGUGCAAAGUAUGCGGUGACACGUUUGCCGACAGCCAGUCACUGGCCCGACAUCAGGAUCCGCAUCAUAUGCGUAAUCAACACAAACGUAAACGAAAAGAUCCCCGUACGAGAUUAGCCGUGUUGGCCAAUGAUAAUAUUGUACUACAACAGCAAGAGAUGUCCUACACAUGUGGCGCUCCGGGAUGUGGCCAACAGUUCAGGCAAAAAGUUGACUUUUAUCGACACAAAUACAGUAUUCAUAUUAAAUUUAUUUGUAAUUUUGGCGAUUGUGACCAACAAUUUCCGACACACAAUGAAAUGAUUGUUCAUAAAACUGUUGAACACUACAAAUUUAAAUGUGAUUAUAUCGGCUGUACCGAUGGUUUUGGUGAUCAGUCAGCGCUCGAGUAUCACAAACGUGAUAAACAUAACUUCGAAAAAUGUGAUUAUUUUGGUUGCAAUAUGUGGUUCAAAACGGAGACUGAUUUGUCUCAUCACAUGAACAGUCAUUACGGCGACAAUUGUUAUGAAUUGCUGGUCGAGUCAUACAUUCAAAAGGGGCCGUAG